CCCUCCCCCUUUGCAUCUGCGUCUGGUAGCGGUCUGCCACUCUGGGUCUCUGGCAGAGUGGCCCCAUGCUCUCUGACUUGCGACUGACUGUUCCUUGUUUUCAGAAUCCCAGAGUAGCCAGUUCUUAAACAAUAGGUCCUUUCACGGCUAGGCAUCUGGUAUAGCACUCCUGAAGUACCGGGUUGGGUAGGGGUUUGGAUGCCGGGAUUGGAUGCAAGAUUUCUUUUCCGCUGCUAACGGGCCCCACCGGAGGAGGCAUUAUCUCCCCUCCCCCCCACUGGAUUAAGGCUUGCGAGUACUGUGGGUUUAUCCUGCAGCUGGGGCUGCCAGUCUUUUGUCACCAAGGCUGACAGGCUUACGAGUGUUUGGGGCUCCAGCUCUUCUUUCCCCCUGCGAGGAUUGGGACCGCAGAUUGCUUCCUCCUGCCCUUGCCUUAGCCUUUCUAUUUUCUCAUCCUUUUUCAUCUGUCCUGUCACCUCUUUCUGAUGCUCUUUCUUCUUUUCUGUCCCGGGGAUAUGGUCUUUUCUUUGUUACCCUGACUCUUCUAUCUCGGAGUUGAAUGGAGGAAGCGUCCAAUCCGCCAUCUUACUCCAGAAAGCAAAUAUUUUCUCUUCUGAUCCAGUGGGGAAGUGGGUAUGUGGAGUGGGGAGAGGAGGAGAUUUAGGAAGAGGAUGAGGUAGUAUCAGCGGGACACCAACUUGCUGCUGGAGAGAUGUUUUCCACAUCCUUCAGUUUCAGAUGCGAUUGCCCUAAUUAGGUAAUUUCUGCUGCCUGACUGAAACACCCAGGCUAGAUCCCUGAUUCCUGUAAUUUACAAAUACUUAGGGGGGGACGAGGGGCUGCUGGGUCCUUCCUUGCUUUACCGGCUGGGUAGGAUCCUGUGGGUCUAGAUAGCAUUUUUCCACGCACAUAUUUUUUCAUUAGUUUAGUCACGUGGCUUUUUAAAAAAAGCUAACACUUAUACACAGAUAUCUGUAACACAUUUCAUAAAGGUUAAUUAAUGCAAUUGUUUGUACCUAGCUACAGUCUUUUUUGGUUUUGCUUUUGUUUUCUUAAAUAUUUUUUAAGUAGAAACAACAAUGUAUUUUAUCAUCCCAAGCCACAAGAAUAUAUUUGUCGACCAAAAAAAUAUUUUUGACAUACAUGCAUAUGAAAUGUGAGUUUUGGUUACAACCAAUAGAAAAUUGGCAAUAUUAAGUGGUCAGCAAGCAAUUUUUAAAACAUUAAUGUCUGACUAUAAUGUAAAAUAUACUAGAAAACUCAGUGGUGGAAUGGACCCCCUGUGGUGAAUCCUUUGCUUUCCUAGGAUUGGUGGAGAUGUGUGAUUGAAUCAUCACGUUUACAGGUUUUUACUCAUCUAGGAGGCAAGCCUGGCACACCUGUGAGCAAUUCUCUUGAUUAGGUUAAUAAGGUGAGAAGGCCCAUUUUCAAAACUGGCUACUCCUUCCCCGGGACAUGGUGCUCGGGGUCUGGACAGAACGGAGAACGGCUCUGAGCAGUGGCACCCUUGGCUGUCUUCCUCCUGACUUCGGAAACAAUAUGACCAGCUGCUUCAGGCUCCUGCUGCCUUGACAUCCCUGCAUGGUGGACUGUACCCUGAAACUACACACCAGAAGAGGCCAUCAGAUCCCAUUACAGAUGGUUGAGAGUCACCACGUGGUUGCUGGGAAUUGAACUCAGGACCUCUGGAAAAAGUUAGUGCUCUUAACCACUGAGUCAUCUCUUCAGUCUGCCUAUGUCUCUUCUAAACUAGUCAUAGGUAUAUAUAAAAACAACAGCAAGAUCAUACAUCUAUCUUUCUUUUUCUUCUCUCUCUCUUUUUUUUUUUGUUUUUGUUUUUGUUUUUUGUUUUUUGUUUUUUUUUCAAGACAGGGUUUCUCGGGCUGGAGAGAUGGCUCAGCGGGUAAGAGCACUGACUGCUCUUCCAAAGGUCAUGAGUUCAAAUCCCAGCAACCACAUGGUGGCUCACAACCAUCCUUAAUAAGAUCUGAUGCCCUCUUCUGGUGUGUCUGAAGACAGCUACAGUGUACUUAGAUAUAAUAAUAAAUAAAUCUUAAAAAAAAAAAAAAGACAGGGUUUCUCUGUACAAUAGCCCUGGAACUCACUCUGUAGACCAGGCUGGCCUUGAACUCAGAAAUCCACCUGCCUUUGCCUCCCAAGUGCUAGGAUUAAAGGUGUGCACCACCACUGCCCGGCCUAUCUAACUUUCUAUAAAUCUCCCCUGAACACAUUUACUCAGAAGGACAAGGCUCUUGGUCACAGUCCAUCAUCUGUCAAGAGUCUUUUAAAACUUCAGUCCAUCAAGGAGUUAAACCAGUGAUUAGCUCAACUCUCUCAUGAUAUAAUCUUCUCUGGAAACCACCCCAGACACACCCAGAGGCGGGUUUCACUAAUCUCCCAGGAACCUCUUAAUCCAAUCAAGUUGACUAUCAAGAUUUGCCACAGUGCUGCAUAUUUAAUGAAAGGAUUAAACAACCAACAGGUAUUUAAGAAAUGGGUGGGCCACUCUGGGCUCUACUACAUCCUGUGUCUCUGUGACAGCUCUCUUGGGCCUCUUGGGAUCCAGAUGGCUGCAGCAUGGAGCUGAGCUGCAGUACUGGCCUACUGGAAAAAGAAGCCCGGAGAAGGAGAAUCAUUCUAACCCAGAGUCAAAAGGACACUCUUCGUGUGUGGUUUGAAAAGAAUCCCAAUCCUGAUCUAGCUACCAGAGGACAUCUGGCUAAGGAACUCGGCAUCUCUGAGUCUCAAAUUAUGACUUGGUUUCAAAAGCAUAGAAAAAUACGGAAGCAAGCAGAGUUUGCAUGCUGUUCUGAAGAAAGCCAAGAGCAGGAGCAGGAUAAACCUAGAGUUAAAGAAGCUAGAAGGAGCAGAACGCACUUCACAAAGUUCCAGACUGAUAUUCUAAUUGAAGCUUUUGAGAAGAAUCGGUUCCCUGGGAUUGUUACCAGGGAAAAACUGGCUCAACAAACAGGCAUCCCAGAAUCCAGGAUUCAUAUAUGGUUUCAGAACCGGAGAGCACGGCACCCAGACCCAGGACAGAACACUCAGAAAACUCCUCAUCCACCCCAGAGCAGUCAGGGCCCUACCCAGAAAACUGUGGGUAAACUCGCUCCUUCCAAAACUCUCACCAGCAGCGCUUCAGUUAUACUGCCUCUUUCUCCACCCCACACUCCAAAUGGGCCUUUGGAUCUCUCUAAGGGCCGUCAGAAGCAGUUACCAGGGACCACACUACUUCAGUCCUCCCAGGUUGUACAGCAAAGGAGUGAUGAUCAAAAUCCCAAUAAAGGUCACUUAUCACCGACAACAACUCCAGGAGAGCAGGGCUUCCAUUCUCAGCCUCCUUUACAGCUCCUAACCCAAAACAGAGGGCAUAAUCCCAGAGAGAGCGGUGGUUUGGCGGUACCGCGCUUAGAAGAUUGUACUCAGGUCCCAGCUGUCAAUCAACACUUCCGGAAACUAGACCAAAAUGAUUCCUCCUUUCUCCAACACUGGGACGAGUGGUUCGGAUCCAUGCUUGCUGAAUGGAUGCCUGACAAAGAAUACUGGUCUGAGAAAGCUGAGCUGCAUCCGUGGCAGGUGCAGCUGCGGCAGCUUGCCAGCGUGUCUCCUCAAGCACACCAAACUCCGUAGCAGUAGGUUUAAGCCUCAAGCCUUUUCCGUUCAUUCCUCUUGAGCACAGGUUUUUCAGGAAAAGAUCUCUUCCUUCGGCACCCAGGUCCCCACGUGGAUUCCUGUGCAUGGCUUGGAGAGCUUCUCAGGAGAGUGUUGGGUUCUUCACAGGGGAACGAGUACAUCAGUGAGGACCUGCCCUCGGGCGUGAAAUCAGUGGCUAUACUGAAGAGUAGGCAUGCAGAAUUAGGGAACAAGAUCAAGUUAGUAUGUGCAUAAACCACAUGGACACAAAAAGGGGGCAAUUAUUUUUAUUCUUAAUUUAUUCUUGAGAUCUGAUCUCACUGUUACUCUGGCUGGUCUUGAACUCCUGUGCUCAAGUCAAUUUCCUGCCUCAGCCUCCUAAAUAAUCGGUGCUACAAAUAUAUCCCUCCGGGUCCGUCUUGGUUUUAAUUUUAAUUAUUUAUUUAUUUUUAAUUCACGGUUUCAUCUACCAUCUGUUAUGUUUCAAAGCUGAAGUGUCUCUCACAAAUUCAUGUUCUGAAAUCUUGCCUCUCAGCCAAUGGUGCUGUUUGAAAUCUGUAGAGGUUUUAGGUGGGUCCUGACCGGCAGGUGCAGGCCAGGGUGGUACCUUGAAAGUUAUACCCACCAUGUGAACAGCAUGCACCACGCGUUCCCAAUGUGUAGACGGACUUAUGUCCCCACGCCUCUCUGUGACAAUGGGCUAAAACAUUCUGACAAGAAUCCAAAUAAACACUCUCCUGUCACGUUG